CUGUGGCUUGCUCAAACAGUUGGUAGUGAGUAGUUGGCAACGCUAUUAAUUGAGAAAAUAUAUCUUGUUUAAUUUUUCCGCGUUUGUAAUUUUAUUGAUAUAUUUUUAAAAAAUAUUUUUUAUAAAACAAUUUGUGUAUUACAUUUUUACUAUUAUUUCUGCAAUAUAAUAGUAACUAUGUCUCUACAAGAACCUUUGAAAGGCUCAGUGCCUGUAGGAAAUGACGCCAACAACACACCGGCAACAAUUGCAUAUUCAAUCCCAAGUGCAUCUUCCGCUAAUAAUGGAACACCUUUACGCAUAAAAAGUUUUCAUAUAAUGGGUACACCAGUAACAAAUAUUGAUACAGCUGCGUCAGUAAAUUCAACUAAUACACCUAAUAACAUACUUCCCAAGGGAAAAACUUUACCAAAACCUCCAGACGAAUUUUAUCGUGACCUGCAACAAUUUCAUGAGAGGCGUGCUACACCAAUUAUGUACACGCCGAAAAUUAGCGGGCGAGAGAUAGAUCUCCAUCGACUUUACAGCGAAGUAACAGAACGCGGUGGUUUCAACAAGGUGAAUCAAAGAGAUGAAUGGGACGAAGUCUUGCCAGUAUUAGACAUUCGUGAUAAAUGUGUAAAUGCUACUGCCGCAGUAAAGUAUAUAUACAGACGCUGUCUGGAAAAAUAUGAGAGACAGAAUUUUUUCGGCGAAGAUCCAGAUAAAAUAGAAGCACUAGAAUCUGCAGAUGCGAUGGAAGGUGGUGGUCGUUCACGAAGUCGUUAUCCUGCGUCAAUUUAUUCAAGCAAUAGCGUUAAUACCAACGUCAAUGCAGUCCCAAUGGCCUACAAUUACAGACAACAUAUUGUUAAUAUGGAUAGACGUCGUACCUAUAAAUUCUCUACCGAUCUUCACAAACCGUCACCUUAUGAUAAGCUUAUGCUUUCUCUAAUUUCACCGCUUCCUAAUGAGCAAGAUUUUGCAAUAAAUGUUUGCUCAUUAAUGUCAAAUGAAAAUAAGCACACACUAAAGCUGAAUGAAUAUCCAAAACUUUUGGAUGUGCUGCUGGCUCAUACGGGAGUAUUUCCAGAUUACACUUUGCGCAAAUUGUUUCAACAUGUUUACACACAAGUACGCGAACAUUCACUUUUUAAUUUUUGGCGCGACUUAUUACGUGACAAACCACAGAUAUUAGAUUUAUAUUCAGAUGAACAAGCUAUGCGUGAUGCCGGACUAAUAAAUGAAGAUGAUACUGAAAAAGUAAUCAAAAAGUUUGACGAUGAUAUGGACUGGGAUUUCUUAAAUUUGGGACCCGGUGAAGGCACACAGGAGUAUGUCGGUCAACGGGUACAGCAAAUUGUGGCUAUAUUUCGAAAUCUUAGCUUUUUUGAGGAAAACAUCAAUGUAUUUGCAAAAAAUCGAUCAUUUAUGCGUUUCAUAGUGAUGGGUGCCAAUAUACGCUGGGGUAAUCUACAUAAUCAGAUAUUGGAUAUAGCCGGUAAUAUUGCUACUGAAAUAGAACUGUUAGAUCCAUCAACCGAUGACGUCUCGCGCAGUUUAUUGGCAACACUCUGUGAUGGUAUUGAAAGUAUGGAUCGCGGUGUAAUCAUAAACAGUUUGGAGACACUUUACAAGCUCUGUCAAACCGAUGGCAAUGAGGAGCAUAUUAACAAGUUUUUAAAUCUUAAGUUUUAUGAAAGCAUAUGCCAAUUUCUCUGUCUAAAUGAUAUCAUGCUGCUUAUAUUUACACUUGAAACGAUUUACGCGCUAACUUCAUUGGGGACACGGUCAUGCCAUCUUAUAAUGCAGGUACGAGGUAUUGUAGACCAGUUAGUGUCUCUAGUCACUGUCGAAGCACAAUCAUACGGGCCAGAUGGCUGUAUUUUGAUGCGAGUUGUAGAAACAGUGCCUGGUAAUAUGCUGCCAAUGGUUGCACAAAACAUCGCAAAUCUACAAAAUGUCGCAGUUUUACAGAAACCCCCUCCAAAUGUGCUUGUGCCAACAUCUCAAUUGCCAGCACCGCAAGCACCCGUACCUAUGCAAGUGAUGUCAACACAAAUUACACCUUCACAUCCGCAAUUGACUACUGUAAGAGUGCCACAAGUUGUAACUGAUUUCUCCCAAAAUCAACAACCCAUGUUGGUGGAUCAGACAACUACGAUGCAAACAGCAACGACUGUACAGCAACCAGAAGCAACGACAGUACAGCAGAACGUAACGAAUGGAGCGCAAUUACCUACUGGUCCGACACAAAAUUUUACACACGAGGACGAACAAUAUGCUUUGGCUUGGCUAGGCGCUACUUUUGAGCGAGUAACAACAACAGAUAGUCACGUGGAACAACAAGAACUCUAUCGCAUGUACUUAGCACACUGCCAGAAGUUCGGUAAACACUCGGUUGUUAAUCAUUUACAAUUUCCACGUCUUGUACGCUUGAUAUAUACGAACAAUGUUGGUCCCAUGUCGGCGCGUCGAAGUGAUGGUACUGAGUUGUCAGGUUUCUACUACGUUGGUAUACGAUUGCGUGCACAGCCAUUACCCAUACAAUCCACCAAGCUACCUCAAAAUCAGACAAAACUUUUGGAAAGUAAGCUACCACCAAAAGCGAAUACAGUUGAAUCACCAGCCGCUGGUACAACGCCUGCACGUAAACUGAAAAAAAAACCCAAAUUGCAGCAUGAACCCGACAUUACAUCUGCGGAUAUCACGACUCCUACACUCACUUCGACUAGUAUGACCGCAUCAACUAUCCAAGAGCUAUCUGACGCCCAAACAAAAAUUGUUGAAGAAACUACCACAUCUGCUGCAUCGUCUAUAACUACCUCUACCAGCUCGUCUCACUGUGACGCAGCUUUGUUGGUAGUGGCGACACCACACUGUGCGACAUCACCAUCGUUGUCUUUACAAAACGCCACAGAUACAGCAGUGCAACCAUCCUCUUCACUAAUUAAAAGUUUAUUGGCCAACAAGGUGACACAACGUCAACAAAAAAAUCAGAAGGAAAUAAAUACUGCCGCCAACAGUAGCCAGUCGUCGGCAAGUACUUCAACAAAUGCUUCAGCGAACGCGCUUACACAACAACCAAUAAAAGUUGCCAGUACGGCUUUAAGUGCUUUGGUGAAUAAUCCCCUUAUGCAGAAUACACCCGUGAAAGUGGGGCAGACUACCAUUAAGCCGCUGAAUCCACAAGUGCCCUUGGAAAAAAAGCCAUUGCUUGAAUCAACACCUCCACCAUUGGCACCACUUAGUGGCAAUAACGUGGCCAAGGAUGCAAGUGGACGUCCAGUAAUUAUUGCCAAUCAAAUGCUAGUAGAAAUACUCGAUAAAAAGGGUGGAGAACCACCAACGCCCAGCACAAUUAUUAAACGUAAAAUCGAGGAAUGUACGGAACCCGCAAAACGACAAGCUUUGGAACCAAUAAACGCCAAAGAGGAUCCCCAAGUAACACCGUCAAAGAAUGCCGCAAAUUUAUACGCAGAAAUGGCUGCAUCUAUAUUAGAAGACGAGGAUUUAGAAGACAUACCACCACUACCAGCUGUAAUUACUACUUCAUCAACAUCUACUAUCUCAACGCAAUCAAAAUUGAAUGAAUCUAUUCAACAGCAACAGUUGUUAAUUCCAGCAAAAAUUCAACAGGCUACCCUACCAGGUGUUCAGCGUCAGCUAGUAUUUCAAUCAAAUCAACCGCCACAGUUAAAGCUGACCGCACAUAGUGGUGUUGCGCCAUCUAAUCAGCUGCCAACAGCCAUGGCUACCAUAAAAACAGAUCAAGGAUUACAGACUGUACCAGUUAUUCUACAACAAAAGUCACUAGAACAGGCACAACCUCAACAGUUGAUACAGCAAGUAAUCACACAAAAUAUACCGCAAGCAGCGCCACAGCAACAACCAACACAAUAUGUGCUUGCCACAAAUCAACAAGGUCAAACAUAUCUAGUAGCACAACAACCGCAGCCACAACCACCACCGCCACAACAAACGGUGUUAGUUACUCAAACACCACAGCAACAAUCAGCCGGUACAAAAACAAUUAUUAUACUUCAGCAGCAAACGAUGGCCGGUCAGCAAACGCAUCCUUCGCAACCGCAGCUCAUAACAGGUGGUUCACAAAAGAUGAUCAUGAGAACGCCACAGGGCCAAGUGUUGGUAGCACAGCGCCCACAACCGUCGCUGCCCGCAUCAACAACACAGCAGUAUUUCAUAAAUCCGCAAACCGGUACUGCCACACAUAUUCAUGUUCCAGUUAGCGGUAGUGCCAUUACUGCUAAUGUUUCGAGUGUGUCGAGCAGUAAUCAGUUUUUGCAACGAAAUCAAAUAUUGUCAACAUCACAAGUAACCACUAUCGCUCCUACGCAAACGAGCUCUGGACAAAUUUCACCAUCAUUACUUUCACAGCUAAACCACAUUCCAGCUACGAUAAAACUACAUCAACCCCAGAUGCCGACAACAACAGUGUCCUCUGUAAAUCAACAUCAGCCAGCAACCAUUUCACGUAUAGGGAAGGCAGUUUCUAUUGUGCAGUCUACACCAGGCUUGACAGUGUCACCAUCGCCCAUACAAAUACCGCAAUUGCAGCAGCAUCAAUCUAUUAUACAACAACACAUAAUAUCGGGACCAUCCGAGAAACGGCAAAUGAUACUUGGUGGACGAGCUAUUGAAAUUAAGGAGACGGUAAUUACGCAAACACCACCACCUGCGCAACAGAGCCAAUUGAACUCUCAAACGAUUAUAACAAAACAAGUGUUGCCACAACAACAACAACAACAGCAGCAACAGCAACAGACGCCACAACAAACCCAACAAAUACGCACAGUUAUUGAACAACAACAGCAUCCAUCAAUUAUUCAACAGAAGUUGUGUUUGCAACAACAGACACAAAAGUCUGGUGAACAAAUCAAUAUAAUGCAAUCAUCUUUGCCAACCAAAUCUCCGACCGCAGCUCAGAGCGUCGCCCAACAAUCAGCAUCACAGUCGCCGCAACCAUCCAGUAAUGCAAUUGUUGUGCAACAAAUCAAAGCACAUACACAACAGCAAUCUGCAAUACCAGUUGUUAACAAUAAAAUGGUUGCUACUGAGCCACCACCUCUAACGCAGACUGCACGCACAAGCAACAUUAGUCAACCGCAACCAAAAGAAGUAUCCAAACUCAAUGAAAUAUCAAAUAUUUCUGGUAAUGCAGCAACCACAGUGGCAACAGUCGCAACAACAGCACAAGCUGUCUCAACAUCAAGUACACCACCACCAGCAAGCACUGUUCAAACGCCAUUGGUGAAACCCAUACUUCCGAUGCCCCAACUGCCGCAAGUGCAGUUACCACCUGGUGUGGCAGCGGCCGCGGCAGCCAAUGCAACACCACCUUUAGAUCCCAACUGGUUAUAUGUUUGUGAUUGGCGCAACUGUCCGCGUCGUAAAUACAAAUCUCUUAAUGAUUUGCAGCAUCAUGCGUUUACGGUGCAUUGCCCGGAUCAUCUGGAUCCGGCUGCGGAAAUUUUCUGCCAGUGGGGCGUUGGUCCAGGUCUUUGCGAUGGCAUACCACGCAAACGUUAUUCACUUAUGACACACAUAAUAGAUCGUCACUUGACGACCGAUAGUUUACAUGCCGCUGCGCAACGACGAGUAGCAACAGGCACAGUCAAUUUGCAGCCAACGCAAGCACCGGUAACUAUAGUACGCAAUGUUGAGGCGGCACAAGCGCAGGCGCAACGUAACAAUACCGCCUCGCCAGCGCCAUCGACAUCAUCGUCCUCAUCUGGUUCACAACUGUAUGGAAUCGGCGUCGCCACUAGUUCAGCUAUGAACGCUAUCAAGCGGCACACAGCCGACUACGUCAAAGAGGUAAUGGAUGAAAAUGAAGGUCCGGUAACGAAAAGCAUACGGUUAACCGCCGCAUUGAUAUUAAGAAAUUUGGUUACCUAUACCAGCACAGCAAAACGCAAUUUACGGCGUUAUGAACCGCAUCUAUCCAAUAUAGCAUUGAGUAAUGUGGAGUCAAGUGGUGCGAUUUCACACAUUCUUUUCGAGUUGAAUAAUUAAUUCUAUUUAUAUCCAUUGUAGUAGAUCCAACUAACAACCAUUUACAUAUACAUAUUUAAAGUUUUUUUUUUGUAUUUUAAUAACUAAUAUGUAAUGGUGAAAUGAUAUAUUCAAUUUAGCCUUCAUCCAAGUAAAAACUACAACAAAUUACAUUAAUUCUUUAUUAUUCGUUAAAAUAAAGAAACAAUGUAAAUUUUGUACUUUUUAUUCGCCAUGAAUUAUUAAUUGUAACAUAUUCUUUAUAUAUUUUGCUGUUUUGUGAGUCUUGAAUUGAAAACUACAAUAUUUUUUAAUAAAGAAAUCGUAGCUCCAAAUUUGUUUACUUUAUGCCA